UGACCCAAGCAAAGAUGGGGGACUCCACCCGGCUGGGCUUCCUCCUAGCCCAGCUAGGUAGGGUCAUGGCCGUGAGGGCGGGUGGCCACAACCAGGCCGCGAUGAACGGGCUGAAGGAAAAGGUGCUGACGCUGGACACCAUGAACGCCUGUGUGAAGAGGGUGGAGUAUGCCGUCCGUGGCCCCAUUGUGCUACGCGCCCUGGAGCUGGAGCAGGAGCUGCGCCAGGGGGUGAAGAAGCCCUUUACUGAGGUCAUCCGCGCUAACAUCGGGGACGCGCAUGCCAUGGGGCAGAAGCCCAUCACCUUCCUGCGCCAGGUCCUGGCCCUCUGCGUCCACCCGGAUCUCCUGAACAGCCCGGACUUCCCCGAAGAUGCCAAGAGAAGAGCGGAGAGCAUCCUACAGGCGUGCGGGGGCCACAGCCUAGGGGCUUACAGCAACAGCUCGGGCAUCCAGCCCAUCCGAGAGCACGUGGCGCAGUACAUCCAGCGGCGCGACGGAGGCAUCCCCGCGGACCCCAACAACAUCUUCCUAUCCACGGGGGCCAGCGAUGCCAUCGUGACGGUGCUGAAGCUGCUGGUGGCCGGCGAGGGCCGCUGCCGCACGGGCGUGCUCAUCCCCAUCCCUCAGUACCCGCUCUACUCGGCGGCGCUGGCCGAGCUCAACGCGGUGCAGGUGGACUACUACCUGGACGAGGACCGCGCCUGGGCGCUGGACGUGGCGGAGCUUCGGCGCGCCCUGUGCCAGGCGCGGGGCCACUGCCGCCCCCGCGCGCUCUGCAUCAUCAACCCCGGCAACCCCACCGGCCAGGUGCAGACUCGCGAGUGCAUCGAGGCCGUGAUCCGCUUCGCCUUCGAGGAGCGGCUCUUCCUGAUGGCUGACGAGGUGUACCAGGACAACGUGUACGCCGAGGGCUCGCAGUUCCACUCGUUCAAGAAGGUGCUCAUGGAGAUGGGGCCGCCGUACUCGACGCAGCAGGAGCUCGCCUCCUUCCACUCGGUCUCCAAGGGCUACAUGGGCGAGUGCGGGCUCCGCGGCGGCUACGUGGAGGUGGUGAACAUGGACCCCGCGGUGCAGCAGCAGAUGCAGAAGCUGAUGAGCGUGCGGCUGUGCCCACCGCUGCCGGGCCAGGUUGUGCUGGACAUGGUGGUCAGCCCGCCUGAGCCCUCGGACCCCUCCUUCACGCAGUUCCAGGCGGAGAAGCAGGCAGUGCUGGCCCAGCUGGCGGCCAAGGCCAAGCUUACCGAGCAGGUCUUCAACGAGGCUCCUGGCAUCCGCUGCAACCCGGUGCAGGGCGCCAUGUACUCCUUCCCGCGCAUACAGCUGCCCCCGCGCGCGAUUCGUCGCGCAAAGGAGCUGGGUCUGGCUCCCGACAUGUUCUUCUGCCUGAGGCUGCUGGAGGAGACGGGCAUCUGCGUGGUGCCGGGCAGCGGCUUCGGGCAGCGCGAAGGCACCUACCACUUCCGGAUGACCAUCCUGCCCGCCAUGGAGAAACUGCGUCCCCUUUUGGAAAAGCUGAGCCAGUUCCACGCCAAGUUCACCCGCGAGUACUCCUGAGUACUCCGGGGGCCAGGCCUGGGUGACAGUGCCUGGGUCUGAGGGGCCGCCACCUGUGGGCUGGGCACCGGCCUCUAAUAAAGCUGUGAGAGCUGA